UAGCUCCCCACUGAUUGUCAUCCCACCUUUUCUCUUUUGCCAUCCUUUCCAGUUUCUUGUUGGAUGUGGAUGUCUAGAAGGGUUACAGGCUUUGUGGGCAAAUCACUACACCUUUAACUCUCUCCCACCUCUUGAACCUAACUGAUCUUUGUGUAGCAGGUGUUGUUGGUUCAGGGACAGCAGCUCCUGCGUUUUCCUGCCUUGACCUUGCCCUUUCAUAGAGUGACCCACCUAUGUGUCUCUUGAUUCUCACUGCUGAUAAAGCACUUACAAUUUUAAAUAUUAUAUUUUUUAAUAAAACACUUUUUAAUGCCAGUGUAUACCACCCUACUUCCAAAUUCUGCUUCGGUUGGGGUAGGGGGAUUGUCAGUCUGUGCAGUAAGCAUUAAGAGCUGACCUAUACUGGUAAUAUUGAGAUUUAUUAAAGAUAGUUCCUAUUCUCAGUAGCUUUAGCAUACUGGGGUAGACAGACCAACAGAAUUAUAACAUUAUGAGAAUACUAGGUGAGAGGGGCUGGGGAAGGACACUGAAAAGGAAAGUUUGUCAAGAUGUAUUUAGAGAAAUAGGGAGAAUAAGAACAUGUGUAUGUGUGGGGGGCUGGGGAAGAGGAGAUAAACAUCUGUGUAUUAUGUACCAGGUUUUGCUUGGUAACGUUAAUUCAGUCAAUGCUCUGGAUGGUCUGUGAGGUAGAUUAUAGUUUCUCCGUUUUGUAAAUGAAAAAACAAGCUAUGAGAGGUUAACUGACUUACCUAAGCUACAAUGUGCCGACACUGUUACCUGAUUCCUGUAUGUUGUCAUCUUGUGUACGCCUGGUCCCCACAACAGUCCGACCUGUCCAUUCCAUGAUCUGCAUUUCUUCCCGUUCCUUCAUGGAUUUGAAGACUCUCCUUUCCUCCCUGAAUGACUUUGCAUCCCUCUCAUUUGCUGAGAGUUGGGAUAAUGUUGGAUUACUGGUGGAACCAAGCCCACCACAUAUUGUAAACACACUCUUCCUGACCAAUGACUUGACAGAGGAAGUGAUGGAGGAGGCGCUGCAAAAGAAGGCAGAUCUCAUUCUCUCCUACCACCCACCUAUUUUCCGACCCAUGAAGCGCAUAACCUGGGAAACCUGGAAGGAGCGCAUGGUGAUCCGGGCUCUGGAAAACAGAGUUGGUAUCUACUCUCCUCACACAGCCUAUGAUGCUGCCCCCCAGGGAGUUAACAACUGGUUGGCUAAAGGGCUUGGAGCUUGUACCUCCAGACCCAUACAUCCUUCCAAAGCUCCCACCUACCCCACAGAAGGAACCCACCGAGUAGAAUUCAACGUUAACCACACCCAAGACCUGGACAAAGUCAUGUCUGCAGUGAAAGGAAUUGUGGAUGUUUCUGUUGCGUCUUUUCCUGCUAGGAUUGAUGAUGAGCAACAAACACGGAUCAGUCUGAAUUGUACUCAGAAAGCUUUGAUGCAGGUGGUGGCUUUUUUGUCCCAAAACAGACAACUUUAUCAGAAGACUGAAAUUCUGUCACUAGAGAAGCCUUUGCUUCUAAAUACUGGAAUGGGACGGUUAUGCACACUGGAUGAAUCUGUCUCCCUGGCAACCAUGAUUGAGCGAAUCAAAAGACACCUAAAACUAUCUCAUAUUCGCUUGGCCCUUGGGGCAGGGAGGACCUUAGAGUCCCUAGUCAAAGUUGUGGCCCUGUGUGCUGGUUCUGGGAGCAGCGUUCUGCAGGGUGUAGAGGCUGACCUUUACCUCACAGGUGAGAUGUCCCAUCAUGAUACUCUGGAUGCUGCUUCCCAAGGAAUAAAUGUCAUCCUCUGUGAACAUAGCAACACUGAACGAGGUUUUCUUUCUGAUCUUCAGGAUAUGCUAGGUGCUCACUUGGAGAAUAAGAUUAACAUUAUCCUGUCAGAGACAGACAGAGACCCUCUUCAUGUGAUAUAACACAUACAGGAACAUCAGGAUGACACAAUCUACAAAUUGAUUGGAUUCCAAGUCAAAUGCCUAACAAGUCAGUGGAGUCGAUAUCCUUCUGGAAGAGUAUCUUAGAAUGUAGUACCACUUCCAGUUUGUUAAUCUGGUUCAUCAGAUGCUUGAUAGCUCAUAAGGUAAAAACUGUAAUGUACCAUAUUAAAGAACAAUAUUCAUUAUAAACUCUGUGAAAGAUUGACUAAAAUCUGCUCAACAUUCUUGGGACAUUGAAGGAAAUGGUUAAUGGACUUCUGUGGUCAGCAUCCAAGGACGUGUUCACUUGGCGAACUCGCAAACUAGUUAACCAAGAAAUGUCAAGAAUUACAAACAAUCCUUGACAACGCUUGAAGUCAUGAGAACACUUUCUUGGGAUGUUCCCAGGAGACGCAAUAUAGAUAACCAAGUGGUUGAGAAGGGAGGUAAGGGCCUUCUGCUCUUGAGAAAAGUGUAACAGAAUUUAUGCAUUAAUGCUUAUCUUGCAUGCACAAGCUUGCUAAAUGUAAUAAAAGCUGUAACAGCGGCUGGGUCGGUGCUAUUUGCCUGAGAGCAGUAGCCCCCCGCUCUU